AUGCUGGCCGUCAACUCUAAGAGAGACGCUGAGGCAAAGGCCACUUUGUCGACUCUUCUGGACCUCAGCCAGUCAACUUUCAAGUUCAGCGAUUGGCUAGACGCGCCCGUCCUUCUUCAAUGGCUCGACCUUAUCCGUAUCUACCUGAAGGAGUCCAGCGCUAGCAGAGAUGAUGUCAGCGCUGGUGUGGAGUCUUUCUGGCCACAACUCGUCGGUCAACCUGUGACGACAGCAGAUCACUUUCUGCGUUUGCAUGUGAGCUGGCUGCUGACAGCCUUAGAGCUGUCUUCUGCCGCCUCCAUCAAGACCUCAUCGCUUGCCUCCCAACGUCUUCAGGCC